GUUUCAAGUAAACAACGAGAUUUUAUAUAACUCACUUUGAUAUUCAAAAGAUCAAAAAAAAAAUAUUAAAGGAUUAAGCUCGAGAAGUUAAACAUGCUUUCUUUGGAAGUACAAGAAAAAGAAGGUGAUGAUAAAAAUCCGAUUAGAUAUUGGAAUUAUGGAUUUGAAGUACCAAAAAUUGACAUUGAAUUUACCAGUCUCACGUACACGGUAUCAACUGGCAAAAAUAGUGAAAAAAAAAUAUUAAAAGGUAUUAGUGGACAAUUUAAAUCAAAUGAGCUAACAGCGGUAAUGGGACCAUCUGGAAGUGGAAAAUCAACUUUAUUAAACAUUCUUACGGGAUUUGAGAAAGAAGGAGUUAGUGGAAUAGUAACAGUCAAUGGUCAACCAAGGGACAUGCGUUCAUUCAGAAAAAUGUCAUGUUAUGUUAUGCAGGAUGAUUUAUUUCAGCCGAAUAUAACAGUUCUUGAAGCAAUGCAUUUUGCUGCUGAUCUGAAGCUUGGAUUUCAUGUACCCAAAUCAUCCAAACAAAUUCUUAUAAUGGAUAUCUUGAAGACACUGAGACUAUUACAUGCUCAAAACACAAUGACUGAAAAACUGUCUGGUGGAGAAGGAAAACGUCUGUCAAUUGCCCUUGAACUCGUCAGUAAUCCCCCAGUCAUUAUCUUGGACGAACCAACAACUGGCUUGGAUGAAUUGUCCUCAACCCAAUGUAUUGACUUAUUACGAAAAAUUGCAUCAACUGGAAAAACAGUUGUCUGUUCAAUUCAUACACCAAGUGCAAAAAUAUUUUCAAAAUUCCACAAUAUAUACAUUGUUGCAUCUGGACAAUGUGUUUAUCGAGGUCCAUCAAAUAAACUCGUCCCAUUUUUAAGUACAGUUGGCAUAGAUUGUCCGAAGAAUUAUAAUCCAGCUGAUUUUGUUAUUGAUGUAUCCUGUGGUGAAUAUGGUUAUGAUUUUGUUGAAAAAAUGCUAUCGACAGUCAAUACAUUAUUUUCAAUGACACCAAUUCAACGUACAAUAUCAUAUGAUAUUGAAAAAAGCUAUCAAAAAAAUACCAAAAUUCAAUGGCAUAUACAAUUUUGUGUUUUAUUAAAACGUAUGAUGAUUCAAACAAUCAGAGAUUGGAAAUUUAUACUGUUUAAAUUAAUAAUGUACCUACUCAGUGGAUCACUGUUGGGUGGUAUUUUCUUUAAUCUUGGUGUUGACGGAUCAAAAACAAUUUCCAUGUUUUUAUUUUGUUUUGCUUGUUCACUUUUUUUUGGAUAUAUACCUAUGAUAUCAAUAAUUUUACACUAUCCAUAUCAACUUCUACUAGUUGAGCGAGAACAUUUCAAUCGAUGGUAUGAUACAAGUUCUUUUUUCUGGGCUUUAAAUUUAUCUACAAUUCCAGUUGUGCUAUCAACGUCAUUUCUAUUUAUACUCAGUACAUAUUCACUUUCCGGAUUACCACCUGAUUAUUACAGAUGGGCAAUGUUCGCAUGCUCUUGUAUUCUCGGUGCAUUUGUGAGUGAGUCUAUUGGCUUUGUACUUGGAACACUUUUGAAUGUUGUUAACGGAGUUUUUAUUGGAUCUAUUUUAAGUGUUGCAAUGUUUAUAUUGUCUUUACAAGGUUUUGGGGAUAAAACACCACUUUCAAUUUAUCGUUUAUGUGGGAUGUAUAUUAGUUAUACAAGGUACAGUCUUGAAGCAAUAGUAAUAUCAAUUUUCGGCUAUGACAGAGAGGGUCUAUCAUGUCCCGAUGAUUAUUGUCAUUAUAAAAUGCCAAUUGAAAUUCUUAAAAUGACUCAUAUGGAACAACGUGAUUUCUGGAUUAACAUAAAAAUUUUAUUUGGAUUUUUUAUUGUCAUAAAACUUCUAGCAUAUUAUUUAUUACGACGACGUAUGCAUAAGUUAUUCUAGUCAACUAAAAUUAAUAAAUAUAUAUAUGUAUAUUCAUAACGCUUUUAUUUUAUAUCAUGCCAAUAUGAUAGGGUGGCGGUGACAUAAUUAAUUUAAUUCAUCAAAACAAGAAAAUAAAUAAAAUCGACAUUUUAAUAUUGUAAUUGAAUUUACUCCAAAUGCAAAUAUAAAAAAAAAUUAUUAAAAUUAAAUAAUUUAUUUAAAACAAUAAUUAAAUAUAUAUUUUCAUAUAAAUAAAUUAUAAGUUAUAAAAAAAGUGUAAAAUAAUUGUAUAAAUGUUAAUAUUUUAAAAAUAAAUGAAAUAAUCACAAAAUGAGAUGAUUUAAAAUGAAAAAAAAUAUGGAAAAAUUUAACAA